UUCUGAUCAAGUCAUUUUGCAGUUCUCCCCCGGCUUUUCUCGUCGAAAGUAAUUUUUUCCUAAUAAAAUGCAAAACAUUUUUCUAGGGUUUCUACUUAGUCUGAUUUUGCAAAGAUCCACAGCUACAAUUUUGCCUGAUGGGGAAACUAAGGAGCCAGAUUGUAGUAGCUACAUUUGCGAAUCAGUCAGAAUGAUAUUGGAACAUAUGGUUGUUAUGAAUGAACGAAUAAAAAAACUGGAGAGUUAUACAAGCGAAUUCGAAAAGUUCAAAAAAGAGUUAUCAGAUUUGAAAAUAAAUCAAAACUCCAACAAUGAGAAUCUUAAAAUUCAGUUGGAAAAUCGCACUACAGAAGUUUUAACGGAAAAUACAAAAGUAAAGGAAAUGGUUUAUAGUUUACAGACCGAUUUCACACUGCAAAAAGAGAAUCUGAAGUCCCUGGCAGAAAGAACAAACGAAAGAUAUGAAAGUCUUGAUAAUAAAAUCACUGCUGAACAAGCGGUUAAAACCACAGAAAUAAACAAACUUUCGAUGAGAAUCGAUGCAGUGGAUACACAGUUCGCAGGACAAAAAGAAAAUAUUGAUAUCAUUCAGAAAGAAAUGAAUAAAAAACUAAACAAAAACGACGGACUACAUUACUUGGAAGAUCUGACAACUAAACAAGUAAAUGUGGAGAAAGCUAUCCAAAAAAUCAAUGAAACCAUCAGAAAUGUAGCAUUUAAAAAAAUUGGAUCCAAAGCAUAUUACAUAGAGGAAACCCAAGAGCGGAAUUGGAAUGACUCUCGGGCAUUCUGUCUCGAUUUGGGGGGGCACUUAUUUAGUCCGCAAAGUCAGUUGGAGUUGGAUACUCUUGGUAAGGAAUUAAAGAAUGAAUUAUACUGGACAGACAUCCAAGAUUUUUCCAAAGAAGGCGAGUUCAUAUCAGACACAACUGGCCGGAAACCAAAGUUCCUAAGUUGGCGGCAAAAUCCGGAUGAUUGGAAUGGCGAAGAUUGUGUUGAGAUAGGGCUAUCAAGAAGUUGGGGCAUGAACGAUAACGGUUGUUCGACACUUUUAAACUUUGUUUGUGAAAGACAAACUUUAUAAUUUUUAGGUUUUAAAUAAAACCACAAGAUAAGAAUUGAUGGAAAUUACAAAAUAUUAAAGAAAACAUUUAUAAACCUUACUAAAACUUGUUUUCUUUUAACCGGUAGAUGUCAAAAGCAGCUACACCUUUAUGACAUUUUAAGAUCAAAACUUAAUAUAUGCCAAUAUAAGAUAACUAAAAUUGUUUUUGUAUAUAUAAACGUUGCAAUGAAAAAAAAGAAUAAAACCCUAGUAAGCCCGAUGUUGUUAUACCCCUGUCGAAUAAACAUUAAUAUUGAUGACAUUUUAAGACCAAAACUUAAUAUAUGCCAAUAUAAGAUAA